CAACAUUGCCGGCCUUAUUGUCUCUCUCCUCCCCUUCCCAUUUUUAUUUACAGUGCCCGUACAUAUAAUACCAAUUCAGCUCUGCAAAAUUGUGUGGCCACAAAUCACUCUGAAAGCCAUUUUUCAAGGCCUCUUUCUUUCUAGCUUACCAUUUCUGGCCUCCGUGCCUCUGAAUUUGACACUUUUUGAAAGUUAAACGAAUUUGAUGGCCCUGAACUUGGUGUCUCCACCUGAAAUCAAGGCCGUCUCCUUCUUGGACUCCACCAAGUCCACCCACUUCCUCAAGCUUCCAGCUGGGUUUGCUUUGAAGAGGAAGGAUUGUGGAGUGGUAUUUGGGGGAAGAAUUCGUUGUUCAGCACAGCAGCCUCCGCCAGCGUGGCCGGGACGAGCUGUUCCAGAGCCCGGUCGUAGGACUUGGGAUGGUCCAAAGCCAAUCUCCAUUGUUGGAUCCACUGGGUCGAUUGGAACUCAGACAUUGGACAUAGUGGCAGAAAAUCCAGAUAAAUUCAGAGUUGUGGCACUUGCAGCUGGUUCAAAUGUAACUCUUCUUGCAGAUCAGGUGAAAACAUUUAAACCUCAACUAGUUGCUGUUAGAAAUGAGUCCUUAGUUGAUGAACUCAAGGAGGCUUUGGCAGAUCUUGAACAAAAGCCUGAGAUUAUUCCUGGGGAGCAAGGAGUUAUAGAGGUCGCCCGCCACCCAGAUGCAGUCACUGUAGUUACAGGAAUAGUAGGCUGCGCAGGACUGAAGCCUACAGUUGCUGCAAUAGAAGCUGGGAAAGACAUAGCUUUGGCCAAUAAAGAGACCCUGAUUGCUGGAGGUCCUUUUGUCCUUCCUCUAGCUCAAAAGCAUAAAAUAAAAAUUCUUCCUGCCGAUUCAGAACAUUCUGCCAUAUUUCAGUGUAUUCAAGGCUUGCCGGAGGGUGCGCUUCGGCGCAUAAUUUUAACUGCGUCUGGUGGGGCUUUCAGGGAUUUGCCUGUUGAUAAACUGAAAGAAGUUAAAGUUGCUGAUGCCUUGAAGCAUCCUAACUGGAACAUGGGGAAAAAGAUCACCGUUGACUCUGCUACCCUUUUCAACAAGGGUCUAGAAGUCAUUGAAGCCCAUUAUCUGUUUGGAGCUGAAUAUGAUGAUAUUGAAAUUGUGAUUCAUCCGCAAUCUAUCAUCCACUCGAUGGUUGAAACACAGGACUCAUCUGUUCUGGCGCAGUUGGGGUGGCCUGAUAUGCGUUUGCCCAUCCUCUACACAAUGUCAUGGCCAGACAGAAUCUAUUGUUCUGAAAUAACAUGGCCUCGUCUUGAUCUUUGCAAGCUCGGUUCACUAACAUUUAAAGCUCCUGACAAUGUAAAAUACCCCUCUAUGGAUCUCGCAUAUGCUGCCGGACGGGCUGGAGGCACCAUGACAGGAGUUCUUAGUGCAGCUAAUGAGAAAGCUGUAGAGAUGUUUAUUGAUGAAAAGAUCGGCUAUCUGGAUAUUUUCAAGAUCGUGGAGCUAACAUGUGACAAGCAUCAGACAGAGUUGGUGACUUCACCUUCCCUUGAGGAAAUUAUACACUAUGACUUGUGGGCGCGAAAAUAUGCUGCAAAUUUGCACGAGUCUUCCAGUUUAAGUCCUGUUAUGGCAUGAGUGAGAGCUACCCUUGUUGGCCAGGAUAGAGGGGCUGAAGAGGGUGUUGAAUUCCGGCCAAAAGUCGGCAUUUUGCCAAGGUUUGAUUUGGCGGUACUGAGGCAGGUGAGUGACUGUAUUAGAAAUUGGAUUUGGGGGGGGGGGGGGGGGGGGGGGCAAUUGUAUAUAACAUAAAGAUGAAAAUAGGCAUCUGAGAUGUGUUCCCCGAGACAGACUGGUUUUAAAUGUUUGAAUGCUUUUCCUAGCCAUUAAAGGAAUUGGAUGAACGUUUUAGUUUGCAGUAAAGAUGGCAAGAUGCAUCUUGAUUCUCGCUUGAUUCUCUUAA